GAUAUCCGACAACACGUGAACGCAGCACAAUAGUGAAACCUGUAGGAAGCGUAUGGGAGGGGGGAUGGGUCGACGAAAGCCAGAAGAGGAGGAGGUGUUUGUGCACGGCGGUGAGUCCUGGUGAGAAUGACAAUGCCGCAUGUUGGGGCAGUAUUUGCAGCAAUAGCAGGAGUGAUGGCCAUCCUGUUACACUCCUCCAUUCACAAGAUUGAAGAAGGUCACCUUGCUGUGUAUUACAGGGGUGGAGCAUUGCUGACAACUCCUAAUGGUCCUGGAUAUCAUAUCAUGCUGCCUUUCAUUACUACUUACAGAUCAGUGCAGACUACCCUUCAGACUGAUGAGAUAAAAAAUGUGCCUUGUGGAACAAGUGGUGGUGUCAUGAUAUACUUUGACAGGAUAGAGGUUGUCAAUAUGCUUGUCCCUACAGCAGUGGUGGACAUAGUAAGGAACUACACUGCAGAUUAUGACAGAGCUUUAAUUUUCAACAAGAUUCAUCAUGAACUUAAUCAGUUCUGUAGUGUACACACAUUACAGGAGGUCUACAUUGAGUUGUUUGACAUCAUAGAUGAGAAUCUAAAGACAGCAUUGCAAAAAGAUCUUAACGUGAUGGCUCCUGGACUCACUAUACAGGCCGUCCGUGUUACAAAGCCAAAGAUCCCCGAGGCCAUCAGGAGGAACUUUGAGCUCAUGGAAGCAGAGAAGACCCGCCUGUUGAUAACAGCUCAGACUCAAAAGGUGGUGGAAAAAGAAGCAGAAACAGAAAGAAAGAAGGCCAUUAUUGAGGCUCAGAAAGUGGCCCAAGUAGCUGAGAUUCGGUUCCAGCAGAAGGUGAUGGAGAAAGAGACAGAGAAGAGGAUCUCUGAAAUAGAGGAUGCUGCCUUUGUGGCGAGGGAGAAGGCUAAGGCUGAUGCCGAGUAUUACACUGCUGCCAAGUUUGCAGAAGCAAACAGGCUGAAGUUAACUCCAGAGUAUCUGGAGUUGAUGAAGUACCAGGCCAUAGCAGCGAACAGUAAGAUCUACUUUGGUCAGGACAUCCCUAACAUGUUUGUAGAGGGAAACAGCGGCCCACCCAAGCCUGGAAAAUCAUCUAAUCUGCCCAAUCUUGAACCAGAAACACAUGAGGUGAAGUCAGGGGAGUUCUGAUUGCUCAUGUCUGCCUCUUUGCACAGGACAGGGGAACCUGUUGAGGACGUGUCUGUGUGGUAGGGAGUUCUUGAGACGAUGGCUGUGAUAGUUCUCUUGAACAAAUACUUCAGUCUUAAAUCUGAAUGGGAAGAAAACAGAAGGUAAGGGGUAAGAAGGUCAAGUAAAAAAUGGAGAUAGAUUAUAAAGAUUAUACCUUGCUGUCCUGGAGGAGACGGUGGGAUUGCGGAAUGAGAACAAUGCCAUAAUUAAAAUCACAAGCAUAAUGAAUGAUGAUGCCCAGGAAGGCAUUGUGUGUGCUUAAUGUGUGCUUAGAGUCUGUGCAGUGUGUAAGUUUGCUUUUGGAUGUGUCCGUUUUUGUUUGAUGUAUGCAAGAUUAACCUAAUGAUUUUGAGCAUUACUGUGUGUUUUGGCCGAACUGGAAUCUGGCAGGUGACACUAAUUAAAAGCAGGGUGCUAUACAUAUGUUAUGCAAUGGGGAGGUUGUUUCUGUUCUCUUACACUAAAUCAUUAGUUGGUUCUUCUCUUGGCAUGAGUCUGGACUGUGAAAUCGUGUCACAUACUGUUCACUUUUUUUCUUUUUUUUUUAAGGUUCUUGUAACGAUUCUAAAUUAAAUGAUUUUCAGUUUUCCUUUUCAAGUUGGAAAAAUAUGAGGUGGUGUAACAGCGUUCAAGAGCAGAGCUUCUUUCCUUUGGAAGUUCAUUUAAUUGACUUAAUUCGCAAUGCCUGCAGUGGUUUCCUAACUUAUUUUUUGCGCUCGUUCAGAUUUUUGAUUGCCCGAGAAGAUUGAACAAUUGUAAUGUAGAACUCGCAUAAAAGUUGCCGUCUACGAUCAAUUUGGAGGAGACACCUUAGCUAGAACAGCAAAGACAUUUAACAAGAUAUGUAGUUUUUUUUUGUUUGUUUUUGUUUUUUGAACAAUGAACACUGUCUUUUUAAAAUAUGAAAAUUUGAGACUCCACUAUUAGUUAAAAUUGGAAGCUUUGUACUGCAAAUAUUCCAGUAACAGUUGAUAUUGCAAUUUUAUUUCAUGUGUUUAAAUGUCAAACCUGAUGAUUGCAUUUGUCUGUUAAUCUCACAAUGGCUCCUUAUCCCUUUUGAAUGUUUACAUUUUUCUAUAAAUAGUUUAACACAGAGAGACUGAAGCCUUAAAUUUUUGGGUUAUUCCGAUUAUUAAAGUUGCUAAGAAGGACAAAACUAGCGGUGGACACCACUCGUGCACGGAAAACAUCCUGGCUGUUGACCUCUGAAUAAUAGUUAAGACUGCACUUGUUUCGCUUCGGUGUUGGGAUCAUGUAAAAAUUAAAAGGAUGGGAUCAUUUAAAAAUUAAAAGGAGGGGGUAUGAUUAACUCGUUUUUUUUUUUUCCUUGUCUAUUUUGUACAGUCUGAAAUUUACACAAUGUCUCCUUGUUUUAAAAGGUUUAUAUGCAAAAUGUUUAAACAAUGAUCUUAAGUGAAAUAAAACCUAUUUUGGUACCUCUCUC